UCUUCCCCAACUAUAGAAAGGGUGUUUGGGACCUGCUUUGUAACAGUUGGAAGUGUUAUUUCGUUGAGAAACUGAAUUGGAAGAAGAAGAAGUUGUGUUACAUAGAUCCAUCAUGCAGAUUUUUGUGAAAACACUGACAGGGAAGACCAUUACUCUCGAAGUGGAAGCUUCAGACACAAUUGAAAAUGUAAAAGCAAAGAUCCAGGAUAAAGAGGGUAUUCCUCCAGACCAACAGAGACUGAUUUUUGCAGGAAAGCAGUUGGAAGAUGGCAGGACUCUGUCUGAUUACAACAUUCAGAAAGAAUCAACACUUCAUCUUGUGCUGAGACUGAGGGGAGGAAUGCAGAUCUUUGUCAAAACACUGACAGGGAAAACCAUUACCCUGGAAGUGGAGGCAUCUGAUACUAUUGAGAAUGUAAAGGCUAAGAUCCAAGAUAAGGAAGGCAUCCCACCAGAUCAGCAGCGAUUGAUCUUUGCUGGCAAGCAGCUGGAAGAUGGCCGAACGCUGUCCGACUACAACAUUCAGAAGGAAUCCACUCUUCAUCUUGUUCUCAGGCUCAGAGGAGGAAUGCAGAUCUUUGUCAAAACACUGACAGGGAAAACCAUUACCCUAGAAGUGGAGGCAUCAGACACUAUUGAGAAUGUAAAGGCAAAAAUCCAGGACAAAGAAGGAAUUCCUCCAGACCAGCAGCGUUUGAUUUUUGCUGGCAAGCAGCUGGAAGAUGGCCGAACGCUGUCCGACUACAACAUUCAGAAGGAAUCCACUCUUCAUCUUGUUCUCAGGCUCAGAGGAGGAAUGCAGAUCUUUGUCAAAACACUGACAGGGAAAACCAUUACCCUAGAAGUGGAGGCGUCUGAUACUAUUGAGAAUGUAAAGGCUAAAAUCCAAGAUAAGGAAGGCAUCCCACCAGAUCAGCAGCGAUUGAUCUUUGCUGGCAAGCAGCUGGAAGAUGGCCGAACGCUGUCCGACUACAACAUUCAGAAGGAAUCCACUCUUCAUCUUGUUCUCAGGCUCAGAGGAGGAAUGCAGAUCUUUGUCAAAACACUGACAGGGAAAACCAUUACCCUCGAAGUGGAGGCAUCAGACACAAUUGAAAAUGUGAAGGCAAAAAUCCAGGACAAAGAAGGCAUUCCACCAGAUCAACAGAGACUGAUCUUUGCUGGCAAGCAGCUGGAAGAUGGACGAACUUUGUCAGACUACAAUAUCCAGAAAGAAUCUACUCUUCAUCUAGUUCUGAGGCUUCGAGGAGGCAUGCAGAUAUUUGUAAAGACACCGACUUGCAAAACCAUUGCUCUUGAAGUGGAAGCUUCAGACACAAUAGAGAAUGUGAAGGCAAAAAUUGAAGACAAAGAAGGAAUUCCUCCAGACCAGCAGAGGUUGAUAUUUGCUGGCAAGCAGCUGGAGGAUGGACGUACAUUAUCAGAUUACAACAUCCAGAAAGAGUCAACACUCCACCUUGUAUUUCGUCUUCGUGGGGGACAGCUGUAGAGUUCUUCAGUCCUCUCAGUUCCUGUAUUUCAGUUUUUGUGAAUGAGAAGCAUUUGUUUUCACAUUGGUUUCAAUUUUUCCUUUAAGGUUUAUUUCCAAAAAUACUUAAAUAUGACAUGUAAUUUUAAAAGGUGUUUUAGUAAUUUUUCUACUGAUGUAGUGGGUAAUUGAAAUAAAGGACAUUGCAUUAUAGUUAAUUGCACUCUGA